CCAACUAACACAACCACCCACAAUACAAACAAUCACAAAGAUUCUUUGUCUGUCCCUUAAUUUCCAACUUUUCAAACUUUUUUCAGUUAACCAAACAACUCUUUCACACACACCAUGGCUCCUGAUCUCAUAACCGCUGCAACCAACAUCACCAACGCUCAAGGUAAGGCCACAAAACGCGCUUUUGUGACCUUCCUUGCCGGAAACGGUGACUAUGUCAAGGGUGUUGUCGGUUUAGCCAAAGGCCUCCGUAAGGUUAAAACCAUGUACCCUCUUGUGGUUGCAGUUUUGCCUGAUGUUCCGGUUGAACAUCGGAAUAUUCUCACCUCUCAGGGUUGCAUUGUUAGAGAGAUUGAACCUGUUUAUCCUCCUGAGAAUCAAACUCAAUUUGCUAUGGCUUAUUAUGUCAUCAACUACUCCAAAUUGCGUAUUUGGGCUUUUGAGGAUUAUGACAAGAUGAUUUACCUUGAUGGUGACAUUCAUGUUUUUCAAAACAUUGACCACUUAUUUGACUUGCCAAAUAACUAUUUCUAUGCUGUAAAGGAUUGUUUUUGUGAGGCCUCUUGGCGUCACACUAAGCAAUAUGAAAUCGGUUACUGUCAGCAGUGUCCUGAUAAGGUUCAAUGGCCAACAAAUUUUGGACCCAAACCACCUCUCUACUUCAAUGCUGGCAUGUUUGUUUAUGAACCUAAUAUGACUACUUAUCAUGAUCUCCUGCAAAAACUUCAAGUCACUAAGCCAACUUCCUUUGCUGAGCAGGAUUUUUUGAACAUGUACUUCAAUGACAAAUAUAAGCCAAUUCCUAAUGUUUAUAAUCUUGUGCUGGCCAUGUUAUGGCGUCACCCUGAGAAUGUUGAGCUUGAAAAAGUUAAAGUUGUUCAUUAUUGUGCAGCUGGGUCUAAGCCUUGGAGGUAUACAGGGGUGGAAGAGAAUAUGCAAAGAGAAGAUAUUAAGAUGUUGGUGAAGAGAUGGUGGGAUGUGUAUGAAGAUGAAAGUUUAGAUUACAAGGAACCGAUUAAUGCAAAUAAGUUAACAUCAGCAAUUUUGGAAGCUAAUGGUAUCAAGUUUGUACCUGCUCCAUCUGCUGCUUAAUUUGUGUGCUUUGCUUAUCAACCGCAUGAUCUUCUGGGAUAUUAAUUUAAGCUAGGGGGAUAAGUCAAAAUUAAUCAAGUUUUAUUUUUAUUUUGGUUUUUAAUAAUUAGGUGGACCUUAUUUUUGCGUCCAAAAAAAAAAGAAGAGGACCUUAUUUUUAUGAGUCCUUGUUAGUGUAUGUUUUUCUUUUUUAAGUAUGUCAUACCAGAGAUGUAAAUUAAAUAUCAUUAAUAUUAUGAGUGGAUAUUUUUAUUUUAGAGUAA